AUGGCGUCAUUUGACAUACAUAUUCUUUCUCAUAAAGAGCUACGUGAUAAAAAAUUUACGUACAACAGUACGAACGGUAAACUUAUUGAUGUCAUAAUAAGAGAAGACACAUUCAGAGGAUAUGUGUACCAAUACCACAGCCCCAAAAGGGUUGGACCGUAUAAAUUGAACUCAGUUAGAAUGGAUUCAGUUAACCAAAACUUAGAUUUCGACGUCCAUUUGCCGCUUGAUAAUGUAUGUGGUUUCUUCGUCUUUUACAAAAUUAACAAUGAAAAAGAUCCACUGCUGAUAUGUAUACAAAGGAUCUAUUCAAAUCAUCACAUAAGCUACAGAUACUUUUGUCCCAGGGAUAAGAAUAGACAAUCUUGGAUGCUUCUACCAGAUUUGGUGGUUGAUCCUAAAUGGUCAUCAAAUCGUUUGGAAAUAAAGAAUAAAUUAGAGGAACAAAUCACUUUGAUGAAUGGAGUAAUAAUAGAGCUAAAAAAUACCGCUCAGUAUAAAUAUGAAAAUAUACAUAUUAAUUUGAGUCAUAUUAAAUUGAAUGGUUACGAUGUGUACACCCAUGAGGUGCCAUCUCAAGAACCUUUCCACUUAAAACAAGUAAACUUUAAAAGCACACCCUUAAAAAUAAAUGAUAUUAAUGAUUGCCAAAUUAUUGCUGUUCAUGCUUUUGGAAAAAAAGAUUCAUAUCCAUUUGAACCUAUUUCUGUGUGCGUAGUCAAGUACCAGAAAAAUAAAGCAAAUGAUUAUGAAUGGUAUUCACGCAGUAAUAUUAAAUCAAACGAAUGGAAACCUGAUUCAAAUGUUUCUGAAUUUUUCGAAGGCGAUUUCAUAAAAAAGUACAUAAAUGAACUUUAUGAUCAAUUAUACGAAAUAGACUUCGAGAUUGAUAACGAUUUUUUUUAUCACAGAGAACCUAGCUCUUUGACCGCAAAGGGGAUUAGAGGUAAAAUUACAUCUCAUUCUAGUUCACAAUCAAGGUUUAAAGUCUACAAUUAUGAAUUAAGCGAAUCUAGAACUUUUAAAAUAAAAAGUUUAACUAUCAACAAUCAAGAACAGAUAAUUUCGCAAAUAAAAGCUUAUUCAAAAUUUCACAUUGUUUGUGAUGAUAGGCAUGACAAAGAUUACCCUUUGUUUAUGUGUUUUCCUGAUUCACAUACAACAUAUCAAUGGUAUAGACGUAGACACUAUGCCUCAGAUUGCUGGGUAAAAUGUGAAGAAUUAAAAACUUGGAAUCCGGAAUCUUAUAUUAAUGAUCAUAUACUAGAAACUGCUUACUCAAAACUUUUUUGGAUUGAUAUAGACAUUGAUUAUGUUAAAAGAAUGGACUUACAAGAUUAUAAUAGGAAUAAUAGAUACAUUGGAAAGAGGAGUUUUCUUCGUGACAAUUAUACAAUGAUUGAGACAGUAAAUUACAAUAGUUAUCCAUUUUAUGUUAGAAUUGUUGAAAAAGGGGAACCAUUAAAAUCAGUUAUUGACAAUGAAAGGGUAUUUACUGUGUGUGUACUCUAUGAUCCUACCAAUAAACCCAGGUUUAUUGUAUACGAGUAUGCAGAAGGACAUAGAGAAUUUGUUUGGUACUCAAAAAAUAAAGAUUCAGAUGUAUGGAUUAAAAAUGAAACGUUAAAAGAUAAAGAUCCAAAAGACAACAGUUAUAGAUUAAAUGAGCCUGGUAGCGAACAAGUCUUUAUAGAAAUAGAUAAAGAACAAGAAGAAAAAACUAAAACAAUAACUGCCCAGGCUCUCGGAACAACCGUUGGUACAGCUGCUUGCUGCGGAUUAGGCUAUUUCAUUUAUACCAACGUUAGUUCAUUUGGUAACAUGAUUUCAAACUUUAACAUGAACAAGUAA